GCCACAGGUCAGGUGAUCUGAUCUGAGCUGCUUUGGAAAUAGACAGCAGGGAUCCACCGGGACCAUGCCUCCCUCCUAGCCUCUUUCAAAACACCCCCAAAACGGCACUGAUUCCCUCUCAGGGACUCAUUAUCAGCCCAGGAAGGUUUUCCUUACUGUUCGGCUUCCGUUCGUGGCGUCCAAGUGUUGAGCAACAACAUGUACCGGUCCCUGUACGCCUUCCGAUCGGCGGAGCCCAACUCGCUGCGCUUCACGGCCGGAGAGAGCUUCCUAAUCCUGGAAAGGAGCAACAAACACUGGUGGCUGGGCUCCCGAUGCAGCUCCGGGGAGACCGGCUACAUCCCCUCGUCGUAUAUCGAAAAGAUCCAGGCUCCCGAGCAGGAUGAAGUGUUGCAGUCCAUUGAUAGAGCCAUUGAAGGCAUCCACAAUGUUGCCUUAAAGAACGGAGGAAAAUACAAUCUGGAACAACGCGAUGUCCUUCAAAAGUUGAUCCAUCACAGAAAGGAGACGCUUGCACGGCGGAGCAUAUCGGGACACUCGCAAGGCCUCCCGGCAUCCAACAGUGAAAUAUCUCUCAGUCACACUCCUCCGCUGCCCAAUGGCCUUAACCGAGACUACGGACGGCAGGGAGGUGUCCCCUUAUCAGGAAGCAUGGACAGCAUGCAUGGAGAGCCGGGCUUUUAUCAGGUGCCCCCGCAACCUCGACGCGCUGCUCCAAUCACGCCGCCACCACCUGAGAAACAACGCAACAUCCGGCGUCCAGAGCCGGACGUCCCCAACAGAUUGUCCUCGCUCCCUCCGUCCCCUGUUCCCUCCCUCACAAUCAGCAGCACGUCUUUAGAAUCUGCGGCGUCCUCCGACGUCAGCCUGCCAAGUGUUUCCAGCACCCCGCCCCCCCCCGUACCGUCCCGCGUCAAGCCCACCGCGCUGCCUCCGGACACCCCCGCUCAGUCAGCGCCGGCCAAAAAGAGCCCGGCCCCGCAGCCCCCGCAGCCUCCCGCUGCCAAGGAGGAGCAGCCGGAGGGCGAGUGGCCGGUCGCCCCGCCGUCUGUUGCCGAAAGCCCCCCCGGCAGCCCCGCUUCCUCGGAGCCGGUUCCCCCGACCAUCGGGGCCGAAUUGAUCGAGCUGGUGCGGAAGAACACGGGUUUAAGUUACGAGCUGUCGCGGGUCGCCGUCGGGGUGGUGGUGGGCCACCUGCAGACCAGCCUGCCUCACUCCACCUCCGCCCUGGAGCGAGUUCUCCUGUCGCUGGUGGAGAGCAAGGACCUGGGUGCUGCGCUGCCACGAGGUCAGGUGUGUCACGACGAGCAGCGGUUGGAAGUCAUCUUCGGCGACCUGGCCCGCCACCGCGAUGACUCGCAGCAGCGGAGCUGGGCGCUCCACGAAGACCACGCCCUCAUUGCGUGCUACCUCGAGGAGCUCCUCAAGAUACUGACUGAUGCAGAUCCUGGGGUGUGUAAAAGGAUGUGCAAGGCCAGCGACUAUGAGAAUGUGCUCUCUCUGGUUUCCUAUUAUCAGAUGGAGCUUCGAGUGUCUUUGCGGCUGCUGCUGCUUAAAGUGUUUGGCGCCAUGUGCAGUCUGGAUGCUGCGCUCAUCUCCAGCCUCCUCAACUCCAUCCUCCCUAUGGAGCUCGCCAGGGACUUACAGACGGACACGCAAGAGCAUCAGAAGAUGUGUUACACAGCCUUGGUACUUACUAUGAUUUUCUCAAUGGGGGAACAGGUGCCAUAUCAUCACUAUGAGCACUUGAAUGGCGACUUUGUGCAGUUCCUGCUGAAUGUGGUGGAGGACGGACAUCCCUGUGACCCCACGGAGCAGCUGCCUGACCUCUUCCUCAACCUCGUGCUGGCCUUCAACCUUCACCACACAGCGCCGAGCAGCAACGUCAUCAUGGAGCAGCUGAAGAAGAAGAACGUCAAGAUUCUGACCGAGAAGGUCCUGCUGCUGCUCAACCGAGGAGAUGACCCCGUGUGUAUGUUCAAGCACAUGCCGCCCGCGCCUCACGCCGUGCUCAAGUUUCUGCAGGACGUCUUUGCCAGUCGAGAGACGGCCGACAUCUUCUACCGUACCGACAUGAUGGUGAUGAUUGACAUAGCCGUGCGGCAGAUCUCUGACCUUUCACCCGGAGACAAGCUCCGCAUGGAGUACCUCUCCCUCAUGCACUCCAUCGUGCGCUCUACGGAUUACCUGGAGCACCGUCACCGCCUUUCUGACCUGCAAGGAGCGCUGCAGAGGAUUCUCGGGGAGGAGGAAGACCCCGGGGAGGAUGAAGGGUGCGCUACAGCCAAACAGAUGGAUAAGCUCAUUGUGCAGCAGAUCUACAAGGAGUUCCCGCAGAUCAGCGCGGGUCAAGACUAACUCACCAUCGCAGUAUCACCGCUAGGGAAAAUAAUAUCUUUUAACCCCCACCACUUCAAUGCCGCAGAUGGGAAAUAUGACUUUCUCGGACCGGUGUCAGUGUCACGCAUAUCACACACUGUAGUCCGCUGCAGGGAGGCGCAACUGAUGCCCUGUUCGCUUACAGUAUGCCAGUGUUUCCUUGGACUUUUUGUCCACUGCUGCAGCAUGCACGAGAUGUGGUAGAAUUCAUUACUUUUAUUUGAGAAUGAUGUGAUUUGAUGAUCGAAUGAGGAAAAAAAACAAAUGCGCAAAAACAGGUCAUAGCUACCGAUAUACCGAAAUGUAGGCCAAAAUAUAACAUGCUGUUUGACUUGUGAGCAAUAAUGAACCUUAGCAAAUGCGUACAAUUUUAUUUUUAAAGUAACAGAAAACAUGCGUAGACCAUAUUAUAACCAAAAUGCACUCAACCAAUUGCAAUAGUGCCAUAUAUAAUGACUGCUUCCCAUUAGUGGGGGCAAAUGUAUGUGUGUCACUCAAAGCAGUAUUUUCCUUACAGAAAAGAGUAUAUUCUAUUAAAACUGACUUCACAUACUUCAUUCACACAACCCCAAGGUGCGUCAUUACUUCAUCAAACUAAGACAGAAACGUCACUAAAAUCAAGUAGAAGAAGAUAAACAGGUUGAUUGUUCCUUGCACAUAUCACAAGAAAGCUUUGAGCAGAGUAGCUUGUCUUGUGUGCUCACUUAUACGAAGCUCGUCAAGCCUCAGCGAGCCUCGGUGGCUUUAUAUCAUUAAAAAAAUGGAGCAUUUGAAUCCACAAUGCUGCAUUUCGCCUGCAAUACAGCUUUGUAGCGUUGGCUGAUGUUUUGCAGUUAUUCUUGAGCGAACGCUGCUGCUUUGCAUUUCAUAGCCACUGAAAUUCAUCUUGGAUAAUAAUUUAACAGAAAGAAAUGCCCUUGUUUUAUUUACAUUGUGUUGUCAUUGGGGUUGUUCUCUUGAUUUUACAAGUUAAUAUAUCUGGAGGGUUUUAUUUUUAUUUUAUUUGUUUUGUCUGUGACACGGUUCUUUUGUCUGGAAACGUAUCCCUUAAAACAGUUGACAUAAUCUUGCAGUCAUAUCUGAUGUUUUUUGUGUUGUGUUCAAACAUCCAUUCAUCAGUUGUGUGUUUGUUUACAGAACGCGUGAGAGACAUAAACAUCUCCCCUUAACUAAAAUAAAACUCUAAAAGAAACUAAUAAAGUUAUUUUUUAAAAGUGGAA